CACGUCGAAGCAAAAUGGUACGAUUAUUUUUAAUAUUGUUAUUGGUCAAUUAUGCCCACAGUGCAAACAUCUUUUUCUUCAAUUCAUUGUGUUCCAAAAGUCAUUUCAUUUGGAAUUACGCUCUGGCCAGUGGAUUAAUUGCUAAAGGUCAUAAUGUAACAUUUUUCGAUGCAUUUGCGAAACAAAAACCAGAGACUGAUUUGUAUCAUCCUGUAGAUUAUAAAUAUUAUACCAUAGAAGGAGAUCCGGAAGGAUUUCCAGAAGGAAACUUAGCUGAACAAAUUAUAUUCUAUAUGGUUUUAAUGGGGGAAAUGUGUGAUUUUGUUUAUAAAUCUGAACAACUGGACUCAAUUCUGCGGGACAAAGACAAAUAUAAAUUCGACCUUGUCAUUACUGACUUCACUAUUUUUCCAUGUGGAGUAGCACCACUUCACGCCUUCCCUGACAUCCCAGUUGUAGGGGUGACGCCAUUUCUAUUACCACCGGAAUUUUCACACAUUUUCGGCAACAAUUUACAACCUGCAUACAUACCGCAGUACUUUUCUGUGUUAAUAGAUAACAUGAGUUUUAUGGAGAGGGUGUACAAUUUUUUGGGGACCUACUGGACUGAAAUCGUAUAUUAUUACUACUGGAACGAAUUUGAGGAGGCGGCUGUAAAGAAAUACGGAUUGAAGCACGCACCUUAUAUGAAGAACGUUGAUAGAAUUUCUUUGUUAUUGAGCAAUACGAAUCCGUUGUUGGAUUAUCCUCAGCCUUUACCUCCGAAUAUUAUCCCAGUUGGAGGACUUCAAGCCAAACCAGCCCAAAAACUUCCUGAGGAUUUACAAAAAAUUAUGGACAACUCAAAGGAUGGUAUAAUAGUUUUUUCGUUGGGCACAAACAUGCGAUCAGACAAAAUUUCACCAGAAAAGAGAAAAGCUCUCUUGGAAGCAUUCAAGCAACUGAAACAAACUGUUUUAUGGAAAUUUGAAAGUGACAUUAAAGGCUUACCUAAAAAUGUCAUCGUACGUAAAUGGUUACCACAAAACGACGUAAUUGCACAUCCAGACGUUGUUCUGUUCAUCGGACAUGGAGGAGCCUUAAGUACCCAAGAAGCUUUAUUCCACGGAGUUCCUAUCAUUGGAAUACCAUUUAUCUUCGACCAAAUUAUCAAUGUUAAAUCUUUGCAGCAAAGACAACAUGGUGCUCUACUGGAUUACAAAACUAUGACCACCAAACAAAUUUUGAACACAAUUCAUGAAGUCCUUAAUAAUCCUAUAUACAGGAAGAACGUUAAGGAACUUUCAGAAAGAUUUAAAAGUCUACCGUCAAAGCCAUUGGACACAGCAGUAGAGUGGAUAGAAUACUCACUAAAACACAACGGAACAUCUUUCCUAAAUCUUAAAUCUCGGCACAUGAGCUUCUUACAAUAUACUUGUUUGGACGUAAUUUUGUUUUUGAUUGGUGUAGUUGUUGCGAUUUGCUGGAUUGUUAGAUUUUCGAUACACAAAAUUUUAAAUUUGUUAUGUAAUAAUUUAAAACAAAAAAAGAAAUGUGAUUAACAAGUUACGUUACGAAUUAUUACUAUUAUAUUUACCCCCCUAGAUAUAAUGACAACUAUUAAU